UUUGCGUUGUUGUGUUGACUCUAUACAUCUCAACGGAAUAGCAGCAAAAAUAAAAUCCAAUAACAACAUGACGACCACCACGUCACCGGCAGCCUCAGCAGGAAGUCUCCGAUGGUCUCUAGCCGGAAAAACUGCUCUGGUAACCGGCGGUACACGUGGCAUAGGCUACGCCGUCGUAGAGGAACUGGCUGCGCUAGGUGCCGCCGUACACACCUGCUCUCGCAACCAAUCAGAGCUCAAUCAACGCUUACAGGAAUGGUCCGAUAAAGGCUUCACCGUCACCGGAUCCGUUUGCGAUGCAUCGUCUCGUACUCAACGACAAGAGCUUCUAGAUAAAGUCUCCUCUAUCUUCAACGGAAAUCUCAACAUUCUAAUAAACAAUGUUGGGAUAAACAUAAGGAAACCUACCAUCGAGUAUACCGCGGAAGAGUAUUCGACGCUCAUGGCUACCAAUUUGGAAUCGUGUUACCAUUUGUGUCAACUCGCGCAUCCUCUUUUAAAGGCUUCCGGUGUUGCUAGCAUUGUCUUCAUUUCUUCUGUUGGAGGUCUUGUUCACGUUAAUUCGGGAUCCAUCUAUGGAGCCACUAAAGGUGCAAUCAAUCAGCUUGCGAAGAAUUUAGCAUGUGAAUGGGCCAAAGACAAUAUUCGGGUUAAUAGUGUGGCACCGUGGUACAUCAAAACCUCGCUUGUCGAACAUUUGCUAAGCAAUGAACAGUUUUUGGAUAAAGUGGUAUCUAGAACUCCGUUGAAACGCCCCGGAGAAGCUAACGAAGUUUCAUCAUUGGUGGCAUUCCUCUGCCUGCCUGCUGCUUCGUAUAUCACUGGACAAACAGUUUCUGUCGAUGGAGGAUUUUCAGUUAACGGUUUCCCAUGAUCCCAUUUCCUUUUUAUGUUCAAGUCGACAGACUUUUGUAAUGAUCGUUUCUUGUUUAAUAUAAUCAUUUUCAUAUGACCCUAUGAUCAAUAACAGAUUGUAAUCUUUAUGGUUUGUUUUAUGAGUUUUGGAGACUGGUACAAGCGAA